CUUCUUGAUCUGUUUUUUUCAAGCAGAAGAUCGUGAUCAAGGUGUCUAUGAACGGUGACACCUCAAGUUUCUUUUGUUUCUGCCCAAAAGACCCUCAAUCUAAAGCUUUGAAACUUACGGCUGGCUUUUCAGGAGUUCAAUCCGUGAAACUGAUGGGCGACAAGGACCAGAUCGAGGUGACCGGAGAUGUCGACGCAGUGGACCUCAACACUAAGCUUAGGAAGAAAGUCGGGUUCGCGGAGAUAGUCUCAGUGAGCGAGGACAAGAAAAAAGAAGAGGAGAAAGAGAAUACUGAUGACACGAAGGAGGUGCCGCCCGUCAUAUGGCCGUGCCCGCAGCGUGAAAUAGUCUACCUCGGGGAUCCAUACCCCGGGCCCGGGUGCUGCCCCAUGUAGGAUCGACGAUGAAAUGAUGACUUAUAUAAGAGUACAACAUCAAUGUGAUGAGUUUUUUUUACGCGAGCAAUUUUGGAAAAUGAAUAAAAAUCUAAUUGCCUGUUUUGAUCGAAAUCGAACUGUGUGAUCGUGC